AUGGACGCCGACCUCGCCUUCGCACUGCAGCUGCAAAAUCAAUUUGACUGCGAGGAGGAGGAGCGCCGCCGGGCUCGGCCUCUCUCCAUCGUCGAUUCUGCCUGGGAAUUGAUCGACCCGAGUCCGAACGUGUGGGCGCUCUUCUCUCAGUACAACGAGGCGCUCUUCUGGGGGAAGCUUCAGGGCGUCGAAGUGAAGUGGAGCAAGAGAAUGACCCUCUGUGCAGGUGUGUGCUGUUACGAGGGCCGAGGCGGCCUUUGCUCCAUCAAGCUCAGCGAGCCCCUGCUCAAACUUCGGCCCCGUAAGGACCUGGUUGAGACGCUGCUGCACGAGAUGAUCCACGCGCUGCUCUUUGUGACGCACAACAACCGCGAUCGUGAAGGCCACGGCACCGAGUUCUGCAAACACAUGGACCGCAUCAACAAGGAGACGGGAACUAAAAUCACGAUCUACCACAGUUUUCACGACGAGGUGGAUGUCUACCGCCAGCACUGGUGGCGCUGCACGGGGCCGUGCCGCUUGCGCCCGCCGUACAUGGGCUACGUGAAGCGCGCCAUGAACCGAGCGCCGUCGCGAGACUUCUGGUGGGACGAGCACCAGCGGACGUGCAACGGUUCCUACGUCAAGGUGCGGGAGCCGGAAGACAAGAAGAAGGCGGCUGGCAAGAGCGGAGUUUCGGCCGAAGGAGAGCAGACGCAAGCGGGCGGAGUGAAGGGACGUGCCGACAAGAAGUCGCCGGCCAAAGACAAGAACGGGACAGACAUUCGUACGUUCAUCCCGUUCUCAGGAAAUGGUUUUCUCCUUGGUGGUGGUGGUGGUGGCGGCGGUGGCGGCAGCAGAAAUAAUGGGAGACCACACAGUGCUGUAAAAGCCAGUUCCACAACCACGGCAGUAAAAGCACCCGUGUCGGACCAAGGAAAGCAAGAGCAGAAGUUCCCCGACGCUUCGAUUCUCAACAGGAAGUCUGUCAGCAAUCCGAAAGCUUUUAGCAAAGGAGUGUCUCUGAAGGGAAAACCAAAGGGUGAUCCCGAAGGUGUAAAAGUCUUGGCUGUAUACAAAGGUCGAGAGAGUUUGAGAGACGGAAAUGGAGCACCAACUGCUCAGAGUCCGAGUAAACUAAAGAGGCAACACGGAGGCGGUUUCCCAUCUCCUUCUCGCAUACAAGGCUCCAGAAACGGAAAUAAUGCAUUAGCCAGUGACGCCAAGCGUGAAAAGACCGAGCAGCAUACGUCCAGGACUCCCACGCUUACCGAAAUGUUUCAAAAGAAACACGCAGGAGGCAGUGGCGGGUCUGGGCAAGAGCCUUCGAGUCUGGGAACUCAUGACUCCAAGAUGCUGAUGAAGAAAGAAGCUGUCCCAUCAGCCAGACCGGCUGAGAGGCAGGGAGAGUCCCUAGCUGCAGGGCUUCUGGUUGCAUGCCCCAUUUGUCAACAGCGCCUCCCAGAGUCGCAAAUCAACAAUCACCUUGAUGUGUGCCUGCAGUAG